AUGGUGCUGUGCAAGCUGGGCACGGUCGGCUCUGUGCUGAUUCUGUUUGGCAUCAAUCUCAUCAACUACAUUGAUCGCUACACUGUUGCUGCGGUCGUCGCUGACAUUCAGAACUCAACCACCUCUGGCUUUGACGACGACAUUUCGGAUGCGUCUGCUGCCCUGCUCCAGACGCUGUUUAUCGUCACAUACAUGGUCGCAUCACCAAUUUUUGGCUACUUUGGCGAUCGCAUCAGCCGCACCUUGCUGCUCAUGAUUGGCAUCUUGAUCUGGUCUGCGGCCACAUUUGCAAGCUCGUUUGCACCCAAUUUCAUCUUGCUGUGCUUCUUCCGCUCGUUGGUCGGCAUCGGCGAGGCCAGUUACGCCACCAUCUCCCCCACCCUCAUUGCCGAUCUCUACGACGAGAAGACCCGUACCACUGUGCUCGCCUACUACUAUGUUGCAAUUCCCGUUGGAAGCGCUCUCGGAUUUAUUCUCGGUGGCCAGUUUGCCUCGGCAUUCGGAUCAUGGCGCUGGGCCUUCCGUAUCACCCCAGCAUUCGGCGUCAUCUUGGCCCUUGCUCAGUACCUCUUCAUUGCCGAGCCGCAGCGCGGCGCUUCGGAUGGCCUUGUGGUUCAUAACGAGCACCACUCAAUCCGCGCCGUCUUCCAGGACUGGAAGAAGAUUGUCAAAAUCCACUCGUUCACUUGGUCGACCAUUGGCUUUACUGCCGUGACGUUUGCUGCCGGUGGCUUGGCGUUUUGGGCACCGACGUUUGUGUGGAAGAUCACCUCCAGCUCUGGCGAUCCGUGGAGCAAGGACAAGAGCUCGUUCGUGUUUGGCGCCAUCACGUGUGCCACAGGCUUGAUGGGCACCAUCGCGGGUGCAAUGUUGACGCGACGACUGAGAGUGACGCGCGGCGAUGCCGAGGCCAUUGUGUGCGCGGUCGGCCUCCUGGUCUCGGUGCCCUUGGUCACAGCGGCCCUCUUCCUGGUCGAUACUUCUCUCGACGCCAUGUGGGUGCUCCUCUUCUUUGGCGAGUGCAUGCUCUUCCUCAACUGGGCACCGGUCGCUGCCAUUCUGCUGUCCGUCUCCCCGCCGCAGUUGCGCUCCUCGGCCGAAGGCUUCCAAAACCUCGUCUCGCACAUGUUUGGCGACGCCUUCAGUCCGCUCUUGAUUGGCGCCAUUUCGGACGUCAUUUCAGACAAGUACAACUACGACAACAUGUCUGGCACGCCGUUGAAGUACUCCCUUCAAAUGUGCUCGGUCUGCAUCUUGAUUGGUGCCGUCACUUUUUGGUGGUCGGCACGAACACUUCAGGCGGAUCGCGAGGCAGUCGUGCUCGCGCUCCCUUCUGCCACCGGAUACGCACCCCUCAUUACGGAUCGUGACAUCCCGGAAGUCGAUCCUGCGUCCAAGCAGGCCAACUACGGCACGGCCGAAGGCCAAAGUCCGCUCAACGCAUCCACCUCGUCUCUCGACCCCGUUGCUCGUGCGUAUCACUACCAGAGCGAUGUUCAAACAACAAGGCGCAGCAUCAAUCGAGAAGACGACGACAACGACGAGUCAACAGACGCGGCACCUUUGCUUAAUGGCAAGCGAUGA